CUACACACUGCUAAAAAUGGCGGCCAUUUCAUAUGGCAAAAUUCAGAAGCAGCAGAAGCAAGAAGCGCUCAAUCCACAAGCGUUCUUCCGUCUAAUUUGCGCUGUUAAAUCUUCUAAUGGAAGUGGUGGUUUAACGUAUCAGACGUCUGAGCUAGGGUUUUAAUUCGUAGCCUUGUUGUGCCUUUUUUGUUUGUUCCGGCAAUGGCGGCGGCGAAUAGUUCAUCAUCAUCGCCGAUGUGCAAUUUGGCGGUACUCGAUACUCUGAACGAAGCUUCAAUUGUAGAAAUGACGGACAGUUGGAAUGCGUUUUGUGUAGCAACUGAAGCGCUGCUGGGAGGUGAAGGCAAUUUGUCGUUCGCUUCCGAUUUCACUUCGCUCGUGCGGAAUCUCUGCAGCCUUGGACUUGAAUCGCUACUUGUCGAACACUUCCUUUGCUCCGUGCAGGAAGCAUUUGAAAAAAAUGCCGCCUCAAGAUUUUGGAAGCAUUUUGCUGUCUACAAAGAUUCUGCAGAUCUUGACAUGGAAGAUUCAGAUCAACUCGGUGAGUUGCAGGAUGUACUACGCAAAGCGUUGGAAGAAAUAGUAUAUGAAAAACAAUACCAGGAGAAAUGUCUUUUGGUGUUAGUUAAUGCUUUAGAGAGGUUCAGAGAAAGAAAAUAUAAGGAGCAGAAGUAUUUAGAGCCUGAGAGAAAUUUAUUGUCAAAAUAUCAGUUUUCUGUAUCUUCAGUGCUCAUGGCCAGUCUACCUAGGCAUUUUCCAGAUGUACUUCACUGGUACUUCAAGCAGCGGUUGGAGGAGUUAAGUGCAAUUAUGGCUAGAGGCUUUGAAAAUGAUAACAAGCCACUUUCUGAUGAUGGAAUGGAUCUAGAUUGCAGAACAGGGGAAAUGGAUAUUGAUGAAACCCAUCAUGAUAAAACCAUUUUAGGAAACAACAAAUUAGUAAGGAGCAUUGGAGUGGUUGUUCGUGAUCUUAGGAGCCUUGGAUUUACAUCAAUAGCUGAGGAUGCCUAUGCAUCUGCUAUAUUUCUGUUACUUAAGGCUAAAGUACAUGAGCUGGCUGGUGACGAGUUUAGGUUCUCAGUGUUAGAAUCCAUUAAAGGGUGGAUACAGGCUGUCCCACUUCAAUUUUUACACGCACUUCUUGCUUACCUAGGUGAUUCCAAUGGCAUUGAGUGCCCUUCUCCUGGUUUGAAAUCUCCCUUAGCAUCUCAACCAUCUUUUACAUAUAAUGGAAGUGAAAUUCCUUCUGAGGAGCUUGUUCGUUGGAAGCUGCGCCUAGAAUAUUAUGCUUAUGAAACAUUGCAAGAUCUAAGAAUAGCCAAGCUUUUUGAAAUUAUUGUCGACUACCCAGACAGUGCCCCUGCAAUUGAAGACUUGAAGCAGUGCCUUGAAUAUACCGGGCAGCAUGCAAAGCUUGUUGAUUCUUUCAUAGCUGCUUUAAAAUUUCGCUUACUCACAGCUGGUGCCUCCACCAAUGAUAUCUUGCAUCAAUAUGUUUCAACUAUUAAAGCUCUUCGAACAAUAGAUCCAGCUGGUGUUUUCCUUGAAGCUGUUGGGGAACCAAUAAGAGAAUACUUGAGGGGAAGGAAGGACACCAUUAAAUGCAUAGUGACUAUGCUCACUGAUGGGGCUGGUGGUAAUUCUAGUGGACCAGGAACCGCUGGAGACAGCCUUCUUGAAGAAUUAAACAGAGAUGAAGAAAAUCAAGAGAAUUCUGGGCUUGACGAUGAUGCCAACACUGAUGACAAGCAAGCUUGGAUUAAUGCCCAAAGUUGGGAACCUGAUCCGGUAGAGGCAGAUCCUUUGAAGGGUGGUAGAAAUCGAAGGAAAGUUGAUAUUCUUGGUAUGAUUGUUGGAAUAAUUGGUUCCAAGGACCAGCUGGUGAAUGAGUACCGUGUAAUGCUAGCUGAAAAGCUUCUCAAUAAAUCUGAUUAUGACAUUGACUCAGAGAUACGUACUUUGGAACUUCUCAAGAUUCAUUUCGGUGAGAGCAGCAUGCAGAGGUGUGAAAUAAUGCUCAAUGAUCUAAUUGAUUCCAAAAGGACUAAUACAAAUAUAAAAGCAACCCUCAAAAAACAACCUCAACCAGUUGCUGAAGUAGGAGAACUUGAGUUAUCUCUGGGCAAUCUUAAUGCUACCAUUAUAUCGUCCAAUUUCUGGCCACCCAUCCAGGAGGAGGCACUUAAUAUACCUCGACCAGUGGAUCAGCUCCUAACUGAUUAUUCCAAUAGGUUCCAUGAAAUUAAGACCCCACGCAAACUUGUUUGGAAGAAAAAUCUUGGAACUGUAAAGUUAGAGCUGCAAUUUGAAGACAGAACAAUGCAGUUCUCAGUCACACCUCUUCACGCUUCUAUCAUAAGUCAAUUCGAAGACCAAACUAGUUGGACUUCGAAGAAUCUUGCUGCUGCAGUCGGUGUACCUGUAGAUGUCUUGAAUAAAAGGAUUUACUUUUGGAUAAACAAGGGAAUUCUAGCAGAAUCAAUCCAAGAGUCAGGUGACCACGACUUUACUCUGGUGGAGGCCCUAGUCGAGAGUGGAAAAGCUGGACCCAACAGUGGCGGAAGCUGUGAAGAGCUUUUGGCUGGCGAUGAGGAUGCAGAGAUAUCCGUAGCAUCCGUUGAAGAUCAACUACGUAAAGAAAUGACUGUUUACGAGAAAUUUAUCAUGGGGAUGCUUACAAAUUUCGGCAGCAUGGCUUUGGACCGGAUACACAACACGCUCAAGAUGUUUUGCAUAAGUGAUCCUGCCUAUGAUAAGUCACUGGAGCAGCUGCAAAGCUUUCUGGCGGGCCUUGUCGCCGAAGAGAAGCUUGAAUUCAGAGAUGGAAUGUACUUCUUGAAGAAAUAAGAUGGCCUCGAGGUAACUGUUUAUCGUUUCUCUUUUACACUUCACGCUAGUUAAUGUGUUAUUAGAAAUAUUUUGGUUUAGGAAAAAGGCCAAAUGGGUGUUUUGGAGAUUGAAAAGAUGACUCUUUAGAUAUGCUAAUGGGUAAUAUAUUACAACGUUUUGUCCAAAAAAAAGAUGAUUGUAUGGCUGGGUACGGGGCUAAAAAAAUUGCACCUUCUGUGUCUUAAAAGUGUGAUCAAAACUUUUGAGUAUGGAGAUUGGAAGAAAUAGUAUUUUAAUACUCCCUUUGUCCCGGCUAUCUAUAUAUGUUUUAAUGUAAACACAAGAAUUUAGAAAUUGUAUAAUUAGUAAAUAAUUAAGAAUGUAUUAGUGAAAAUAAUUAUCGUAUAAUAAAAAUAUGUAUGUGUUUCUUUUGAUGAGUUUGGAAAAAAUGUGGUUUGGGUUUUACAUGAAAAUAAUGUUUGAUUAGAUGUUUUGUGAGAUGAAAAAUAUAUUUUUUUCGGGAAACGCAGAGUUUAAAUAGUAAAAUUUGGGAAAAUUAUGCUAAAGAAAAUAAGAUUAAAAUGUAUAAAAAUGACAAAAUAAAUGAGGUGGGUGAAAAUGGAAAGGUGGACAUAAUGAGUGGGACGGAUGGAGUAUUAUUUUUGUACUUUUAUAAAGGUAAAAAUUGAAACUUUUAUGGGGUUAGUAAUACUACACUUUUUGGAUUAAAAUAUAAUAGGUAUAAGAAAUAUAUGGAGUCCGUGAAUAGCAAUGGUGAAAAUAAAUAUAUAUAUUCCCUUCGUCUCAUUGAAAAGUUGUCAUUUUAUAUUUGUGUUCGUUCCAAAACAAGGUUACUAUUUUCUAAUUUAUAUAUAUUUCUUCCAACUUACACUAUAUUACAUAAAUGUUAUUACUUUUAUAUUACA